AUGUCCUCCGACCUAUACCUCUCCCGUAUCCGCAGCUGGUUUAUGAGCUCGCCCCCAGCAGAAUGGGCACUCAGUCGUAUGCGCUCGACCGUUAUCGGCGCCCUCUCACAGGGCCCAAUCCCGCGCCACGUCGCUUUCGAGAUGGACGGCAACCGGCGGUUUGCGCGGAACCACAAGAUUGAGACGAUCGAGGGACACCAUCUUGGGUUUGAAGCCUUGGCCAGGGUGCUGGAGGUCUGCUACAAGACGGGUGUCAAGGUCGUCACAGUAUACGCCUUCAGUCUCGAAAACUUCAACCGUCCCAAAUAUGAGGUUGAUGGGCUUAUGGAGCUUGCCAAGCUCAAACUAGAACAACUGAUUCGCCACGGAGAGCUCCUCGACCGAUACGGCGCGCGCAUCAAGGUGAUCGGGGCGCUGGAGCUUAUCCCCCCAGAUGUCUACAAGGUGGUGGAGAAGGCGGUGGCCGCCACGGCGCAUAACACGGAUUGCAUCCUAAACAUCUGCUUCCCAUAUGCGUCGAGAGAAGAGAUGACCUCGGCGAUCCGAUCCACCGUCGAGGAGUACUCGGCCACCCCCCGACCGCACAGCACGCCAUUCUCCCAGAGCAGGAUAACACAGAAGAUCCUGUCCAAGCAGUCGGGAAAACCCGACCUCGAACCCAUCAGCGAACUACCCCCGCCGUCAUCCGCGCCGUCGUCAAUCAAAUCCGACGACCAAGAUGACGCCGUUUCGACCGCGACCACACUGCACUCCGAUUCGGCGGCCGACAGGACCGGUGCGGAGGGCCAGGAAUCGGUGGCCAUAUACCCCAAUGCGGAAACCAUCACGUCCGAGACCAUCGAUCGCCACAUGUACACGGCCGAUUGUCCGCCGCUGGAUAUCUUCGUGCGGACUAGUGGUGUGGUGCGUCUCAGCGACUUUAUGCUGUGGCAGUGCCACCAGGACACGCACAUCUUCUUUCUCAAGUGCUUUUGGCCCGAGUUUGAUCUCUGGAGCUUCCUCCCCGUCCUCGUCGAGUGGCAGUGGAGACAAAAACAGAAGGCUCGGGAUGAGCGACCGCGGAGGCGAGCGAAGCAAGCAUGA